AUGUACCUGGAGGACCGGACUGUGCGGUUACAAUUAUGGGAUACGGCAGGCCAGGAGCGUUUCCGGAGUCUGAUCCCCUCGUAUAUCCGCGACUCGAGUGUGGCAGUCGUUGUUUACGACAUCUCGAACGCAAAAUCAUUCCAAAAUACGCGGAAGUGGAUCGACGAUGUCCGGGCCGAGCGCGGCAAUGACGUUAUCAUUGUGCUCGUGGGCAACAAGACGGAUCUGAACGACAAGCGUGAGGUCACCACGCAACAGGGCGAAGAGGAGGCCAAGAGAAACAACCUCAUGUUUGUUGAGACAAGUGCCAAACUGGGGCACAACGUCAAACAGCUCUUCCGGAGAAUAGCACAGGCCCUGCCUGGCAUGGAAGGCACGGAUGCUGCCGCGCAGGCGUCUAGUCAGAGUAAGUCACUUGCUCCCCUUGUCUGGCUGCUACUUGUUGUCUCGAAGCAACCGUUUCGGCUAACCACUCAUCCAGUGAUCGAUGUUCGGACGACGACUACCCCUACCAACCAAGACGGCUGCGCAUGCUGA